UUCCCUUUCGAGUGAAACCAUGGAAGCUCGUGAAAACUCAAACACUCAGCUUUCUCUAGCGCUUGGUCCCCGUAAGAACACCAAGAGGGGUCCCCGUAAGAACACCAAGAGGGUUCUCUCUUUGGAGCUCUCCCUUGGAGCUCAGCAGGUCCAGGGCAGUAGUGAUGAAAAUGCCAAAAAGUCAAGGCUCUCUAAAGAGCAAGCUGCUGUCCUUGAGGCUAAUUUCAAUGACCAUCCGAAUCCGGAUACAGCUCUAAAGAACGAGCUAGCUGACAGGUUAGGCUUGUUCCCUCGACAAGUUGAUAUUUGGUUUCAGAAUCGCAGGGCCAGGACCAAGUCCAAGAAGAAUGUGUCUGAAUGUGAAAGGCUGAAACAGGUGUGCAAAAAUCUCAUUGAGGAAAAUCUCAAGCUGAGCGAAGAAAUUGAAAAGCAGAAAGCACUGGCAACUGGUGAUCAGAAAGGAGCAUUUUAUGCUUAUGGUCUCUCAGGUUAUGUGCUCGUGUGCCCGGUAUGCCACCAACAAUACCUUAUCGGGAGUUGUGGUGCAAUGUGAAACAGGUCCAGAGGCCUAGAAUCAAGCAAGAUUACUACUAGUGCUUUAAGAAUUUGCGUUUAAAUAAAAUUAUGUUAAGCUAGCGCUCCUCCUUAUGUAUAAGAGAAUUGCUAAUGUGCA